AAUAAUAUAUAUAUGCAUUCAGAGAAAAUAAAAAUAGUAAUUUCAAAAUUCCGUAUAGAAGCAAAAGACAAAAAGGAAACUGAAGCAAAGGGUGCAAUCCCGAAACGCGGCAAACCAAAGAUAAUAGAAAACAUAGAUGUGAAUAGAGAAUGGGCUGAAAAUCGUCCUGUACUACCUAUAGGGACAAAGAUACUUUACGAGAAACAAGAAAAGAUGGUUGAGAAAAUGGACAAUUCGAUGCAGAUGCUGGAUAAAGUAAUGAAGAAGGCCACCGAGAUGAUGGAGAAUAUGGUGGAAGUCUCCCGUUUAAACUUAGAGAAAGAAAAAGUUAAACUUAGACGUUUAGAGUUAGAAGCAGAGACUAAAAACGAGAAUAAAGAAAAAUUAGAGAAGCCCGAAGUCAGGGUACAGAGGGCUGCUGCAGAAGAGAACAUGAAACAAGUGAAAUGCUACAGAUGCAACCGAAUGGGUCAUAUGGCAAAGGACUGUCCACUAAUAGAAUUUGGUGCCUGGUUUUGUUGCUACUGCCAGGAAGUACGAGGUCACAAGGGUGAUAAUUGUCCGAGUGCCGAAGCCCAGGCGAACAGAGCUAGAGGAAAAAGAUAAAGAGGAAACUUAGAGAGGAUCCGUGGAUCGCUCGCCCAAAGGGAGGGAGUGUUGGGAGAAGACUUUGAACGAGCAAUAAGUUCCCGCCCUUCUAGAGGGCAGCCCCCGGUUGGCGGUGCGACUC